AUGGCCAGCUGGAUCGACCAUUUCCCCCAACUCUACCAUGUGUUAUGUAAUAUAAGGCCCUUUUUCAAUCAAAUUUUUCAAGAUAAUGAAAUGUUAACCUUGCCUUGUUCAGACCAAAUAUUAAAGUGGGAUAAAUCCUUCAGCUACAAAUAUGAAGAUGAAUUUUCUGAUGCAUCCCAAGAAACUAAAAUUGGAGAUAAUAAAGCUUUUUUCUGCGAUAUAGCAUUUCAUUUAAUCCACAAUCAAUUUAAUCUCCUAAAAGAAAAGCAAUGUCCUAAUGUAAUUGUACAUAACCAAUAUAUUACUGAAAUGAUUAACCGCUUCAGGGUAACAUGUUCUGUAUGUGCUAUUGAAUAUUUAAAGCCAUUAGCAAACUUAUUCAGUAAUUCCUCGUCGAUGAACGAACUACAUAAAAAUUAUAAAACUCCAAACUAUGCCAUUUUGAUAAAUCGAUCUAAAUCUGAGCUUAAUCUAUUUCAGUUUCCAAUAACUGCUUAUAAAGACGUAGCAAUUCCAUCUGAAAAUAACUAUCAAAUUGCCCACGUUCAUAUUGAUGGUUUAUGCAGUCAUUUUGCUCUAUCGAUGCUUAUUAUGUACAUACUAUCUAUGGAAUUGCAAUGGCGCACACUAAGUGUUUCAUUAUUAACAGAAGAUGAUAUCGCAUCACCAGAUGACAUAGAUCCGCCUCCUUACGAUGAUAUUAUAUACUCUAAAUAUGGUCAAGAAACAGCCGCAGAUUUACAACAGGGCAAAAAUAAAUCGAACAAAGACGAAGUUUCUAAAAGGAAAAGUAAGAUUCGAGAUAUUGAAAAGUUUAUUAGAUAUUAUUUGGAUGACGCUUUGAAUUAUUUGGAUAAAGCGCAAAAUGUUGUACUAGAUAUGAUAGCGAAAUUAAAAUAUGAGGGACGCGAGAGGAGUUUAAAUUCAAAUUCAAGUGAUGAAGAAUUACAAACGAAAUUGUACUAUAUCAGUAAUCGGAUAGAUCAACUGUUUCACUUGCAAGAUAAGUUAGGCAUUUUUAUUCGGGAUGAAAAACGAAAGCUGUCAGAGAGUUAUAAAGAUAUAAGCGAAGAACCAUCUCAAUUAUUAAAUCAGCUUAAAAAAUCUGAGGAAACCUUAUUUAAUCUCCAAUUAAGCUUACUUGAGAGAGGUAAAAGCAAGCUGGAAAUCGAUGGCCUAGGGUUAAUUCCCGACUUCUCUGAUUUUGUUUGCCGAGAAAGCUCAACGGAUGAUAGAUUCUUUUUUAAUUGGAAAAUGCCUAAAAUUGCUGUUGUUAUAUUGGAUAAGAAUAUCCAUACGACGGAUAAGGAAAUGCACCAGGUUGAUUUUCCGCAACGUGCAAAAUGGUGUCAAAUUAAAAACAUGUUAAAUAGAUUUUGUUUCUGCAGACUAAAACAAAAUUUGACUGAUCAGAAUUUGCGGUAUAUCUACAAAAGAAUGACAGGUGCAGACAUAGAAAAUCCCGCUCAUCCUAUUUCUUGGAAUCAAUACUACAAGGAAAAAUUACGUGAUAUACAACAAAGCAUUACCUUCGGAGGAUGGUUUUUUACCUGUAUUGAACUUUUAAACGAGCCAAAGCAUAAUUUAUUAAAGUGGUGGAAAAAUGGUUUAAUGAUAGGAUUCAUAUCUAAGAUCGCUGCUGAUGAAUUACUUCAAUACUAUCCGCCUGGGACAUUUAUUAUUCGAUUUAGUGAACAAAAACUCGGCCGAAUAUCUAUUAGCUAUGUAAAUGAAAAUAGAAAAGUGUGUCGAAUUUACCCUAUGAAAUGUCAUAUAGAAGUCGAAUUAAAACAUAGCCUUACCGAUACUGACAUUCAUGGAAUAGUUCAAAAAGAAAGAAGAAUCAUUACUUGGAUUGAUUGGAUUUUAAAGAGUGGUAAAAGUAAGUUAAAGUAUUUUUAUCCGGUUCUGCAAACAAUUGAUAUUCUAAAGGAUACCUUGAAUCCAGGAAAAACAUCCCAUGAAGUUGAAAUUCGUUAUAUAAAUUAUGGUAUUUACACUAUUUCCGAUUCUAAUGCUGUAGCAACGCGUAAAAAUGAUCGCAAAUGCCCCAGAAAUGCUAUUUUAUGGAAAAAGUACGAACUUUAA